UCCAGUAGAAGCUCUCUGCUCCAGUCCCACAACACCGUUUACUCAUUGAGCGCUGAAGCUCGUUGUGGUCGCUUCACUGCGAACAUCAGAGUUUGGGAAUAAAACCCUUACGUUUGGAUUGCUUUGCGUCGUCGACUAGCCAGUGUGAGCUGCCUACAUAUUGCAUCGAAUCUUCCGGCUACUACCUGUUCAAUAUCGGACGUUGCCCAGACAGAAGAUGGAUUGUGUUGGGUGGUUUUGGACUGUCGCCUUUCUCCUGCUGUGCUCUGCUGGAAAGAUCUACGUGGAGGCAAGCCCCGGGGUGAACAACACCCAACAGCAACAUCCACAGAACGUCUACCAUGACAUCAGUGUCACCAGGAACAAGAUAGUGACUGCACAGUUCGAGUGUUACCAGAAGAUCAUGAAGGACAGCAGCCCCAACAGGCUUGACUCUGACGUGUCGUACGUGUCCGAGCCCGUGUGUAACCGGACGUGGGACGGCUGGCUGUGCUGGGACGACACUAGGGCAGGGUACACCUCAGAGCAGCACUGCCCAGACUACUUCCAAGACUUCGACCCCUCAGAAAUGGUGACAAAGAUCUGCACAGACAAUGGGAACUGGUUUUUGCAUCCUGAGAGCAACAGAACAUGGACUAAUUACACCAGGUGCAACGAGCACACUAGCGAGGGCAGAAUGACUGCAAUGAAUUUGUUCUACUUGGCGCUCAUCGGACAUGGCUUGUCUUUGACCUCUCUGUUGAUUUCCCUGGGAAUAUUCUUCCACUUCAAGAGUUUGAGUUGCCAAAGAAUUACUCUGCACAAAAACCUUUUCUUUUCGUUCGUGCUGAAUUCUGUCAUCACCAUCAUUUGGUUGACAGUUGUGGCGAACAACCAAGAGUUAGUGCAGAGAAAUCCAACAAGCUGUAAAGUGUCCCAGUUUAUCCACCUGUACCUCUUUGGAUGCAACUACUUCUGGAUGUUGUGUGAGGGGAUCUAUCUCCACACCCUGAUCGUAGUCGCUGUGUUUGCAGAGAAGCAGCACUUGAUGUGGUACUAUCUUCUUGGCUGGGGCUUUCCUCUGAUCCCGGCCUCCAUACACGCUAUAGCACGCAGCUACUAUUACAAUGACAACUGCUGGAUCAGCUCCAACACAUCUCUGCUCUACAUCAUCCACGGACCCAUCUGUGCUGCUCUCCUGGUAAAUCUGUUUUUCCUGCUCAACAUUGUGCGCGUCCUGAUCACCAAGCUGAAGGUGACCCACCAGGCAGAGUCCAGCCUCUACAUGAAGGCUGUGAGGGCCACCCUGAUCCUGGUGCCGCUCCUGGGGAUCCAGUACGUGCUGCUGCCCUACAAGCCCGAGGGCAGGGGCUCCUCCGAGAUCUAUGACUACAUCAUGCACAUCCUCAUGCACUAUCAGGGGCUGUUGGUGGCAACCAUUUUUUGUUUUUUCAAUGGCGAGGUGCAGGGGGUUCUGAGGAGGCACUGGAACCAGUACCGCAUGCAGUUUGGGAGCACUCUGACCCAGUCUGAAGGCCUGCGCUCAGCAUCCUACACAGCCUCGUCCAUCACGGAGGUGCAGGCUUGCUACAGCAUCGACGGACACACGGAACACUUGAACGGUAAAAGCUGCCACGACACGGAUUCCUCCAUCUUGAAGGCGGACAACCCCUUUGCCUAAAGAUGCGACUCCUCACACGAAGACCCCCCCCCACCCUUUUUUUUUUGCUGCAUCAACACAAAGGGGAGGAAAGUAGAAGGAAGGUAAACAGUGGCUUUUGGCUUCUCGUACUUAACACACCGGAAAAAAAUUGCUACCUUUUUGUUGUCAUCUUGAAAUGAGCACUUCGAGAUGUUUUUUUCUGCUCACUUAAAUUUACUGUCUGCAGUAUACAGUGUCUGAAGCUACUUUCAGCUUUUCACAACGAGCCAAAUGUAUAUAUUCCGGUCAUUCGUCUUAUAUGAGCCAAAUAGUCAAAUACAUUACAAAAUAUAUAUAUAUAUAUAUAUACACACAAAGUAUUUUACAUGAACAAAACAUUAAAAAGGGGAUAGGUGUGAAUUGCUCAACCGGCCUCGUUAAUGUAAUAUCAGUUCCUUCUCAGUGAAAGCCUUGAUUCAGUUUGCCAAAAAGUAUUUGUAUGUUGUGCCAAACUCAAAACUGUGUGUAUACCUAGAUACUAAUGCUAGCAUUCACUGUUAUCGUGCAGAUAAGACUUUGUCACACCGUCAGAUUUAUUUUGCUUGGUCACUUAAAUAACACAUAUAUAUAUAUAUAUAAUACUGUAUAUAGUUAUUUUGUUAGACAAAAACAUUGAAAAUAAUUUUCAAAAUUACAUUUUACAUUAUGUACUACAAAAACAAAAUAUAUUACUGUCAAUUGUGAGGCUGGAUCAACAUCAUUUGUUGUGACAUCACAACUUAAAUCAAACAUCCAUCAUAACUUAUAUACAACUUGUUGCUGGAGCUUUAACUUAUCUCCCUCAGGUGCAUAUUGAUAAGCCUUUAGACCGCACCCAAGAUUCAGAUUCACACACAACAAAAGUAUUAUCUACAGGUAUUCAAUGCCAUAUUUUUGUGUAACAUCUUGAAGAUAAUUCUCAACUGAGAAUUCAUAUGAAAUGUCUUUUUAGCAGAAGUUUUCCCAAGUCCUCAAAAAGUACUACUUUACUAGCAUUAGUUAUUAAAUAAUUUUUCAUAUUAAGGAGGCACUUUGGUCUGCAAUAAAUUAUUUAUACUAAAAACUGAGUGUAGCUGGUUGACAUGGUAAACACAUCAUUCCAGGUUUACAGCUUUGAAAAUUUGAUCACUUUAUAUAUAUUUGUUUAACACAACCUUGGUUCUCACUGGCAUGUGAAAACGAUGUUUAUCGUACAGUAUUACAGCGUUUGCUAGAGCUAUUUUACACAUUUGUGCUAUUUUAGCACAGAAAUGUUGCCUCAAUUUGGGUUCUUGGAUUUAUACACUAGGAGUUGUCAGUCAUGAGAGGAUCUAAAAUGAACAUCAUACAAAAAUAAUGAGCAGAUCAAGUAGGCACCAAUGUCUUUUGCUAAAAAAUUCUGAGGCAUGAAGGUCAGAUAGCUCAUGUUCAUAGGAAGAGGUGGCUUCAAGGGAGGGAGGCUACUGUAUGUUUCUGCUUCAGAAGUGAUCAAGAUCAUAUGCAUAGAAAGAGGAGAAUCUAGACAAAUCUAGACAAGGCACAGCAAAGCAAUUCCAGUUUUUUUUUAGAUCAUCACUAAUCAUUCAGAAGUUUUCACAACCUAACAUUUUUACUUGGGUGCAUUUUAGGGUUGGUAGAUCAUACGAAAAUAUUUAAAGUGCCUCUUUAAUAUGAACAUGUUUUUGAUUAUUUUGACUUUCCAGUCUUGGUGUUUGAACAUACAAACUAUUAAAACUGUAUAUUUUGUGACACACUUGGUUGUUGAACACAGGUUAUGGAUUAGUUUCUUGUGUAUCAUGUACCAAUCUAUCUACCCUUGAUCAUUUGCUCUAAAUACUUAAUAGCUGAUGUAAACUACUUAUUAUUUCAACUCACAGGAUUGCUGAUCUGCUUAAGUUAAUUUUCAAUGCAAACACUCCUAAAUAAAAACCAAGUUCAUCACAAAUAUCUUAAGGUACAUGCUUUGCAUAAUAAUGUUUUUUAUAAUGAUCUCAGUCAUCUAGAGUAGCGAUAUCGUUAUCAACCUUUGGGUUCAUUAUGUUUAAGCCACUAAAUUGUUUCAUUAACCUUGGAAGCUUAUCUCCUAAUUUUAAAGAAAUGUUUCUCAUUUGUAUUUCUGACUUCUAAUUGGAAUUGUGUUCACAAUUGAAUGUAUAUAGUAAUUAACAUCAACAAAGUGUGUGUAAUAUCUGUUCUCUAUCUGAAUGUAACUUUAAUGUAACAUCAAGUGUGGCUUUGGCACCAUCAUACUGUAUGUCUACGAUAUUAUGUACGGUUUUCUGUGUACUUUACAUUCCUGUAUUGGCAGUACAGUAGAUAUACCAUACUCUACAACCUACAGUACACCUUUUCUAUUAUGUGAAAUCUAAUACUCAUAUUAGACAUCUUCAUUUUCUCUGAUAUCCAAAUCAAUGAUUCAAAUUCUGUGGUUAUUUAACGUUGCCGUCCAAAAUGCUGGAGACCGCUCACAUUAUGUAAAUAUGUGGUGAACCUUGUGGUUCAGAAUGUGUGGCGGGUGUGAGAGCUUUGUGUACACAGUGUUCAGGUGUGUGCUCUGAGACAUUUAAAUACAAAGCAACUGUCUUGUGUGAAAGUGUGUGGGAUGUUUUCAAGGAAGUUGUUUCCAACUUGUAUGCCUGAAAGAAGAUCACUAAUGAGGGGCUUGAAGAUCACUAACAAGGGGCUUCCACCGGUAGAUUGACAGUUGCUGUUCAUCCUUCUCUGUGCACGAAGGGUUUGAUCCUUUUAUUCUAACGUUCUUCUGCAUCUGUGCUGUAAUGAACGUGGGAUAGAGCCUGUGUCCUACAGUGUGUGAACACAUCAAAACACAGCAAAACAUUGUCUCCCAUUGUUCAAAUGUAUAGGAAGAAAUUACUAUUCCAUGCAGCACAUUUGUGGGCUGGGACUGGGAUGAGGACAUGUUGGUACCAACCUUUGAACGUGUUAAGCUGUAAUUAACGUAUAUUUUUCACACUGGCUUUUUUGUUACAUUUCAUCAGACACCAACUGCAGGACAGUUCAUAUGUUUCAGCUGCAUUCAACAUUUGUCUGUGUUGGAGUUUUACCGUUUUCUACACUGUUACAGAUAGUCACACUUUCAAAUGAUGUAUAUCUGGCUAAGAUGAUAUGGAACAAUCAUCAUUAACCAUUUAUGAAGCAUUCUUUGUAAAACAUUAAAAAGCAAAUGUCCCACUAUGAAGGCAAUGUGUACCUAGUGCUGUGCCAAAUGUAUUAUGCUUCAUUAUAUCCUUUACAACACCCUUGGAAUCAGCAUGUUACAGCUUCACAAGGCCUUCACUAGAUCUACCUUGUUAGGUGUGACUUUCUGGAAGGAUAAUGUCUGUGUUCAAACUGAACUGUGAUUUGGAUGUCAACACACCACUACUCUACUGUAUGAAUGUCAUUCGUAUGCAUUUUAUUCUCUGAAUGUGAAAAUAUAUAUUUGUGUAAAAUAUU